AUGUCUGACGAAGCCAAACCCGUCAAAGUCCAUGUUUACGAUCUAUCCCACGGUCUUGCUGCAUUGUACUCGCCACAGCUUCUCGGCAAGUCCAUAGACGGCAUCUACCACACUCUGGUAGUGGCGUACGGCAAAGAGUACUACAUUGACCAGGGCAUCAAAACGGCGCAAGCUGGAAGAACAAAAUACGGAUCACCGAAGGAGGUUCUUGAUGUUGGUGAAACUUAUAUCACCGAGGACAUUCUUCAGGAUUUUCUAGAAGACCUUCGAAACCACGAGCAGCAAAAGUACAAUGCACUGGCAUACGAUCUCUUUGAGAACAACUGCAACCAUUUCACUGAUGUGGUGAUGGAAUUUUUGGUGGGUAAGAACCUAGAAGACAGGAUCUUGAAGCUACCCCAAGAAGUGCUCAAUUCGCCUUUGGGACCAAUGUUACGGCAGAUGUUGAAUGGUGGAUCUGGAGGUGCUGCUGGAAACGCUUCUGGCAGUUUCGGGAACUCUAGUGGCUACGCUGGUUCUCAAACUGAGGACACCGACCCGGACUUCUUUCCCCUUUUGAACGACACUCUCGGUGGCAAGUCCCGUCAGCUGCUGAUCAACGCGUCUACAGUGUCUGCUAGUCUGAUUCAGGCCCUGCCAGCUUGGACGUCGCCCCAGUCGGUGAGUGACAAGUUUGACACGGCUCAAAAGAUCCUGAUGGCCAAUUACGUUUCAAACGCUGGCUUCCUGUCCUCUUUGGUGAGUCCUUCGGUCUCUUCCACGAACCUGUUCCAGAACAUGUAUCCCAUGCAGAGACUGUUGUCUAUCAACGGACUUGGAGACCAAUACGAAAACACUAUCAAUAGUAACUACAUCCAUCGGCCCAGAGCCGACUCGUAUGUCGCAGCUCCACAGGCACGUUACAAGAGCGUCGAUGGUCUGAUCGAUCUCUCAAAGAAGAGGGACAUCCGCAUGGCUUACAAUAACCAGAGCUACACUCCAUCAUUUGAGAAGGAGAACAAAGAGCCAUCAACUUCCAUCAGCUCGAAGCAUAGCUCUUUUGACGGCAAGGCGUUGAAGCCAGCCAAAUCAGUAUCCUCAGACAAGGUGCAAGCGUUAGAAGCUGAGCUUGCCUUCCAGACUGAGAUGAACAAGUCCGUAGCAGAGAAGCUCAAGAACUUCAAGUUGAACAAGACACAGGCAUCUGGGUCCAAUUACAAGGAUAGCCCAUCUGUGCAGAUGCCCCAGAAAUACCACCAGCUUUUCAGAGACCUCACACAGACCUUGAAUGAGAGGACCAGUGACUUGGAGGACACCAAGUCGAGAUUGGAAGCCAUCAUGGUAGCGUUGGUGAUGAACAAAGGUAGUGACAUCAUAGAGAAUGGCACCUUCGACGCGCAGGAGAUGGCCCACAGACUCACGAGCAAGUUGGAGGUGUUGCUGGCGGAGAAUGAGUCCUUACAGAGAAUGGUAAGCUACAGCAACAAGCAGAGUCUCCUUAUUGAGUUGAACUUAUUGAGGGAGGAGAAUGAGUCUUUGAAGAAGACCAUCAAAGAAUUUGAUCAAAAGUAG